UUCUCUCAGGAACAAAAAACUUGAAGGGCUGGAGUGUUUCACCUCCUGCAGUGUGGAUGGGUGGGGGGGUUCCUUGUGGUGAAAAAUCAAGGAUUGGAAACAAGACAGGCGACAAAACAUGCUUCCCUCUGUUUGCAUGGCUGAAUGGCACAUGGGUGCGUGAUGCUGGAUCUGCUCGAGGGGAGCUGGAGGCAGCAGUGUUGGACGGAACUCUCCAGUUUAAUGGCUGGCAGAUAGAGGCCAGACGGGGACAAUCAACAUGAACUCGAUUCCGUCGAUGGACAGGCACAUUCAGCAGACCAAUGAUCGUCUGCAGUGUAUCAAGCAGCACUUACAAAAUCCAGCAAAUUUCCAAACAGCGGCGACCGAGCUGCUGGACUGGUGCGGAGACCCCCGAGCCUUCCAGCGCCCCUUCGAGCAAAGCCUGAUGGGAUGCCUAACGGUGGUCAGCCGCGUAGCAGCGCAGCAAGGCUUCGACUUGGACCUGGGCUAUCGGCUCCUGGCCGUCUGCGCCGCCAACAGGGACAAGUUCACUCCAAAAUCAGCAGCUCUGUUGUCUUCGUGGUGUGAGGAACUGGGACGGCUACUCCUCCUCCGUCACCAGAAGAACAGGCAGAACGAGCCUCCGGGAAAAGUGCCCAUGCAGCCCCCGAUGAGCUCCAUGAAACCAGGCCUCUCGCAUGGAGAUGGUUCUUUCCCCUACGACUCAGUUCCCUGGCAGCAAAACACCAAUCAGCCUCCGGGUUCGGUGUCUGUGGUGACCACCGUCUGGGGCGUGACCAACACGUCACAGAGCCAGGUGUUAGGGAAUCCCAUGGCCAACAGCAACAAUCCCAUGAAUCCUGGGGGUAACCCUUUGACCUCAGGGAUGUCUGGUAGCAAUCCGGGUAUGAACUCUCCUCAGUUCACUGGUCCACAGCAGCAGUUCCCCAACAAAGGCAACUCAAACCAAGGCUACAUGCAGCAGGGUAUGUAUGGACGACCCAACUACCCUGGAGGUGGAGGUUACGGUGGCAAUUACCCUGGAGGACCAAACGCUGGACCUGGUGGGAUAGGCAUCCCUCCGAACUCUCGUCCUCCGUCGGAUUUUACCCAGCCUGCUGCUGCUGCAGCAGCCGCCGCUGUUGCCGCAGCAGCUGCAACCGCAACUGCCACCGCCACAGCAACUGUAGCGGCCCUGCAGGAGACCCAGAACAAGGACAUGAACCAGUACGGACCGAUGAGUUCCUCUUUCCAGAUGGGACCAAACCAGGCAUACAACAACCAGUUCAUUAAUCAGUCAGGACCCCGUGGUCCUCCAUCUUUACCUGGAAACAUGGGUGCAGGCAUGAAUGCAUCGAACAUGAGUGGGCCUCCGAUAGGAAUGAACCAGCCCAGGGGCCAAGGCAUGGGGCCGUUUGGGGCCCAUGGCCAAAGGAUGCCCCAGCAUGGCUACGCUGGACCCCGGCCUCAAGGCAUGGGUAUGCAGAGCAUGAAAAGACCAUACCCAGGAGAGCCAAACUAUGGUGGGCAACAGUAUGGACCAAACAACCAGUUCCCCAACCAGCAGGGGCAAUACCCCACCCCCAAUGGCUCGAGACCACUGCCGUCCCCCAGCUACCCUGGACAGAGGAUGCCAGGACAGCAGCUGCAAGGCCAAUACCCUCCACAUGGCGGUCCCAUGGGCCAGUACUAUAAGCAAGAGCCACCAUUCAAUGGCCAAACAAAUAACUUCUCUGGGAGUGGAUACCAAUACAACCAGGCUAAUAUGAAUGGGCCUGCUAGGCCGGUGGGCAACUACCCACACUCACCAGUGCCGGGUAACCCCACCCCACCAAUGACUCCGGGCAGUAACAUCCCUCCAUACCUGUCGCCAAACCAAGAUGUGAAGCCACCUUUCCCUCCGGACAUCAAACCAAAUAUCACUGCCCUUCCUCCACCUCCAGCCAGCCACAAUGAGGAGCUACGACUGACGUUUCCUGUGCGGGACGGGGUCGUGUUGGAGCCCUUCAGGCUGGAACACAACCUGGCUGUGAGCAACCACGUCUUCCACUUACGGCCCUCUGUGCACCAAACGCUCAUGUGGAGGUCAGACCUGGAGCUGCAGUUUAAAUGUUACCACCACGAAGACCGUCAGAUGAACACUAACUGGCCGGCGUCGGUCCAAGUCAGCGUCAAUGCCACGCCGCUCACAAUAGAGCGAGGCGACAACAAAACAUCGCACAAACCGUUGCACUUGAAACAUGUGUGCCAGCCGGGAAGGAACACGAUCCAGAUCACAGUGACCGCCUGCUGUUGUUCGCACCUGUUCGUGCUGCAGCUGGUGCACAGGCCGUCAGUCCGCUCCGUCCUGCAGGGUCUCCUAAAGAAGAGGCUGCUGCCCGCAGAGCACUGCAUCACCAAAGUCAAGAGGAACUUCAGCAGCGUGGCAGCGUCGACGGGGAACGCCACGCUCAACGGGGAAGACGGAGUCGAGCAAACGGCCAUCAAGGUUUCCCUCAAAUGUCCGAUCACUUUCCGACGAAUACAACUUCCAGCAAGGGGGCAUGACUGCAAACAUGUUCAGUGUUUUGAUUUGGAAUCAUAUCUACAACUGAACUGUGAGAGGGGAACGUGGCGAUGUCCUGUAUGCAACAAAACAGCGUUGUUAGAAGGACUGGAAGUCGACCAGUACAUGUGGGGAAUACUGAACGCCAUUCAAAAUUCUGAGUUUGAGGAAGUCACAAUUGACCCAACGUGUAGCUGGCGACCUGUGGCGAUCAAAUCUGACAUCCACAUUAAGGAGGAUCCAGAUGGACCGCUGGCCAAGAGGUUUAAGACGAUGAGUCCCAGUCAAAUGACCAUGCCCAACGUGAUGGAUAUGAUCGCUCAGCUCGGCCCUGGACCGUCACCGUACCUGUCGAUGCCCUCGGGGCAAGGUGGCAACAGUAGCGAAUAUGGCAGCCAAGGUAGUAGGUCUUAUGCAGCUCUAGUUGUGCAAAGACCAUCCAAACCUGUAUGUGUGUUUACAUUUGCUAUUAUGUUUUCAGGCAACAAUUACCAAGGACACGGGAACUUUGACUUCCCCCACGGCGCUCCAGGUGGUACAUCGAUGAAUGACUUCAUGCACGGUCCUCAGCUGUCUCACCCACCCGACAUUCCGAAUAGCCUGAUGACGCAAGACAAACCCCUGUCCCACAACAUGCCUGACUCAAUACCUCAUUCUGCCGGGCCUGACCAGACGCACGGUCCAUUGCAGCAGAGCUUACAUCCAUCUCCGCACCCCGGGAGCCAAUCAGGGCAGCAGCUGCACCACAGCGGACCCCCUCAGCCCUCACGGCAAGCACCGCUGCCUCAGCAGCAGCAAGCACAGCAGCAACAGCCCACCGCCAACAACCAUCCACACACCGACCUGGCCUUCAAUCCCUCCAGCAGUUUGGACAGCCAAGCGGGGUCGGACAUGCCCGAGCCUUCGUUAGAUCUUCUCCCUGAGCUCGCUAACCCAGACGAACUUUUGUCGUAUCUGGACCCCCCAGACCUCCCCAGCAAUAGCAACGAUGACCUUCUGUCGCUCUUUGAAAACAACUGAGAGGCUUUCAGACACCCACACACACACAAACUUUUACCGAUCGCCUGAAGCUUCCCUGAGGAACCGUGGCAGUUACUCAGUACUUGAUCAACACAAAGAUGCACUCCCUUUCUCUUCUUCCUCUUGUACAAUUUUACAUUCGCCAGCGCAGAUUGACUGCAAAGAAUCUCAAAGAAACUCAAAAGACACGGCAAGAUUUGGCGGAGCUGCCACGCCCCUCCACCUCCUGCGGUGACACCCUUGACUGUGCAGCUAUAGUUGAUUUUAUUUUUACACCACACACAUGUACGUGUGCUCACUAGUAACAUGUUGUAGCAUUUUUAAAAUACUUUCUUUUUGUUUUCUUUUGAAGCUAAAAAAAAAAAAAUGAACUCAUUGUAUAAAGCAGAAAAAUAACUGAAAAAAACUGUGCUCUCUGGCCAGUGUGUGUUAUGUUUUGUAGUCUGAGAGGCCACAACUUCCUGGUGUCACUGCUCCAUUCCCUGACUGGUCUGGUUAGUCGCACUGUUUUGACCAUCACCUAAAAGCACAAGAAAUUUUAGCACUGCAAAAAAUGAAACAAGAAAAAAAAAAAACAAAAAAAAAAAAACAUCUUU